GAAGUUAUUAAAAAAGUUAAUGAGAAAGUCAAUGAGAAAAAUGCUAGAGAACUUUCAAAAGAUGAAAUUGAGAUCUGUAAUUGGUAUAAAAAAAUUUUAGCUGCUCUUAAAAAUUUAAUGUUAGAUAUUAAAAAAGAAAAUAUAAAUAGUGAA